GGAGAGAGAGGGAGUGAUGCUUCGGAUAAAAGCUCAUCUGGAUCCACAGAACCUGAAAGAACCAAAAAUCUUUUAGCACUUUCACACCGGACACCGAGGAUUCCACCGGACUGUGCCCGGCCAGGAGCGACUUUUCCCGGCCUGAGAUCCCGCUGAGGUCCCGCUGCGGCUCGGAGCUCCGGAGGAACAAGCCAUAGAUGUGACCCUGUGGAGGAAACUUUCGCCACGAUUUAACCAGCACUUCCUGUCUGCUUCGCCCCCAGUGCACCAUGGGAUUUGCAGUCCUUCUCACGCUGCUCCUCCCCCUGGUGACAUCAUCAGUUUGUGCCGAACUGGGCGGGGCCAGUCAAGGUGGCGCUGUGCUGUGUCCUCUACAGUGUGUGUGUGAGACGAGGCCCUGGUACACCCCGCAGAGUGUGUAUCACCAGGCCAAGACGGUGGACUGCAAUGAACUCCACCUGCACCGAGUACCAGCCAACGUCUCCUCGGACACGCAGGUGAUGCUGCUGCAGAGUAACAACAUCUCGUCCAUCACCACAGAGCUGCAGAGUCUGUACAACCUCACAGAACUGGACCUGUCCCAGAACCACUUCACACAGGUGAGCUCGAUGGGUCUGUCCACUCUGGGCCGGCUGGUGACUCUGUACCUGGAGGAGAACCUGAUCCAGGAGCUGGAGGACUUCAGUCUGAGGAACCUGUCCAGCCUGGAGGAGCUCUACAUCAACCACAACCACAUCUCCUCCAUCGGACCCAAAGCCUUCGCCGGACUCUCCAACCUGCUCAGGCUCCAUCUGAACUCCAACCGGCUGGUGGCCAUCGACAGCCGCUGGUUCGAGUCCCUGCCGUCUCUGGAGAUCCUGAUGAUCGGGGAGAACCCCAUCCUGGGUCUGGAGGAGAAGAACUUCCUGCCUUUGUCCCGCCUCCACAGCCUGGUGCUGGCCGGGAUGGGUCUGGCCUCCGUCCCGUCCGCCGCCUUCCUGGGCCUCGACUACCUGGAGAGCCUGUCCUUCUACGACAACAAGCUCAGGUCGGUUCCCCGGGACGCUCUGAGCGUUCUCCCUAACCUGAAGUUUCUGGACCUGAACAGGAACCCGAUCAGCCGGGUCCAGCAGGGAGACUUCCAGAACCUCCUGCACCUGGAGGAGCUCAGUCUGAACAACAUGGACGAGCUGCUGAUUGUGGAGCGAGCAGCUUUCCAGAAUCUUCCAGAAAUCGCCAAACUGGAAAUCUGCAGCAACCCCCGACUGUCCUACAUCGACCCGCAGGCCUUCAGUGAUCUGUCCUCCCUGCGGACCCUCCUCCUCCACAGUAACCAGCUGAGCCUCCUCUCCUCCCCGCUCCUCUCGUCCCUCCCCUCCCUGGAGGAGCUUUCCCUUCACACUAACCCCCUACGGUGUGACUGCCUCCCCUCCUGGGGGGUUCAUCUGGGCAACCAGUCUAACCUGAAGAUGCUGGACUCCCCCCUCACCCUCUGCUCCUCCCCCCCUCACCUGCUCGGCCGUGAGCUGCAGGAGGUGGUGGGGGCCGCGUGGGGGGCUGAAGAAGACAGUGGGGGGAUCAACAGCUGCCUUCCCCACAUCUCCCCCCACGCCUUCCCCCCCGCCAUGAACGUGAGCGGCGGGCAGCCAAUAACGCUUGAGUGCUGGGCCGACGCCGACCCCCCCCCACAGUUCUACUGGGUGACGCCAACCGGAGACAAGGUGAGCUCUGAGGCUGUUGCUGCACCAAUCAUAUCAGAGGAGGGGCGGGGCCUAAGCAGGACGAAGAAGAAGAAGCACCGGAUGUCUGAGCCUGGAGCGCUGGUGAUCGAACACGCUGAGCUGUCAGACGCCGGUGUGUAUACCUGUGUGGCGUGGAACAUGGAGGGCGCCGACACAAAGAGUGUUUCGGUGUUCGUUGAUUCUCAGGGCGGGGGUGUCCGUAGGGGCGGGGAGCCCGGCAGAGAGCAGCCCUGGCUGGGGAACUUGUCCGGAGCUUCAGCCUCUCUGGUGGUGCUGGCCAAGGUGGUGCACGCCCAGUCGGUGGUGUUGGAGUGGAAGUUGUAUCCCAGAGGAGGAGCUUCGACUAUGGGUCAGAUCCAGCAGGACGGCCCCUUCCCUCUGACCCGGUGGACCAGCGCCACGGUGCACAUCGACAACCCUCAGAUCAGCUACACCGCCAAGGUUCCAGUGGAUGUUCAGGAGUAUAAUCUGACCCACCUCCUCCCCGCCACAGAGUACCACGUCUGCCUCACCGUCUACUCCUCCCCUCUCUUCCCUUCCUCCUCUUCCUCCCCUUCUCCUUCCUCCCCGGUCCACACUUCCUGUCUGAACGUCACCACGAAGGAGGCGGGUUUCUCGGUGGAGGCGGUGGCGUCGCGGCGCAGCAGCGUGGCGUUGGCCGCCGUCAUGGGCUCCAUGUUCGCCCUUUCCAUCAUGGCGCUGCUGGUCUUCUACAUGGGCCGUCGAGUGCAGCAGCACAAAUCCUGCGGCCACUCGCUGAAGAAGUACAUGCAGCACGCCACCUCCAUCCCGCUGAACGAGCUCUACCCGCCAUUAAUCACGCUGUGGGAGAGCGAGGCCGAGAAGGACAAGGAAGACAAGGAGGACGGGGAUAGAGGGGAGGAAGCCGGGGGGAGUCAGAUCGACACCACGAAGACGUACAUGUGGUAGCGGGAGGAAGGGGGGUUUAAUCGACAGAAAGACGAACUUUUGAGGGUUUAAAGAGGAGAGCGGCAAAGAGAGAGGUCACAUGACUAUAAAAGGAGCCUGACAGACAAGCAGAUGGGUAGAAAACUCCCACGAUGUCAAAAAAAACCACACCUGGAGGAGGAGAUAAACACAAGCCUUCAGACACCAAACACAACACGACUACCAGCAGAGCCGAUCUUUAAGGAGCAUUCUGGUGUUUUUAUUUAUCCAUUCAUUACAAACUCUGUUAAUAUCCAGAUGUGUUUAUGUAUAAAACGUUACUGAAGGUCGACUAGACGUUAUAUUGUUUAAUAAAUUAUUGGCUAUCGCUCCAACGCAUUAUACUUGAUAGGCUAAGGGGCAGGACAUCUCUAAGAGGUUGACCAAUCACAACAGACUGGGCUCUGGUUUCAGACAGAGGGUGAAAAGAGGUGCUGCAGCACAGGCAGUAUGAGAAACAUAAAGAGCUUUCUGAACAUUAAAGCAUGGAGACAUGUCCCAGGAGAGGCUCUACAUACUGAUAUACACCUGAAAAUGAGCAUCAUUUGGCCCCCUUUAACUUUAUAAGCCCGUGUUCAACAAAUUAAAAGGAAACCAGACUUUAAAAUGGGUCCUACAGAUUUAAAAGUUAACAGGAUUUGUGGUUAAUUUGCUCAAAUAUUAAAACACCAGAAUGUUUCUUUUCCUUCUGUUUCCAUUGCACAGGUUUCUUAUGAACUCACCUCUUAGGUUGCAAAUCUGAAGGACCUCAGGUGCUCUGGAGAGAUCUCAGAAGAAGAGUUUGAUGUGUUUCUCAAACUGUGGGUCGGGGAACGGUUGUCAAGCGGAGUCUAAAUGUUUUCCACUCUGCAGAUUUCCUCUCUUUGUCUCGACUCUUCCCUCUGUCUCUGUCCAGCACACUGACAGUAGCAGUACUGUUUAAAAAAAAGAAAUCUAGUUAUUGUAAUUAGGUUAAUCUGAUGAACAUGAAUGCAGCACUUACACUCAGCACAGGCAGCCACAUGGAAAUUCACACUGAAGGUUUUCAGAGUGGCACUUAAAGGUCCCGUAUUCAAAUCUGUCGUUUCUUAGAUGAAGUUCAAACACUUCGAACUAUUUCAAGUAAAUAAUAUUAAACUAGUUUUUCAUUUUACAAUGCAACGAGAUGUGAACACCGUCCCUACAGAUUCACAUUUAACCGUUAGCUGGAGCUCAAACGUCCGAGUAAUGCAAACCUCCAACAUGUAUCAAGCUGUAUGCAGAUGACAUGCCAUUUUACACAUCUAAAUACUGACUAAAAGAGACUACGAAACCCCAAAGUUAGCCACCUUUAGCUUAGCGGUGGUGAGGUGAAGUCAUGUGACCGUGCUGUAGUUCCUUUAUAGCCCAACAUUAGCCUCCUUUAGCUUAGCGGUGGAGACAUGAAGUCAUGUGACCGUGCUGUAGUUCCUUUAUAGCCCAACAUUAGCCACCUUUAGCUUAGCGGUGGAGACAUGAAGUCAUGUGACCGUGCUGUAGUUCCUUUAUUGCCUAAAGUUACAUUUGAACUUCUAGCAAUUGCAUUUACGCUUCGUGGAGAUUAUCCUGCUAAACUAAACGCGUUAAGCAUCAUAGCGUGUGGUCGCCACAUAGCUUAUUCUCUCCAUAUCAAAUCGGAAAAGUUUUGAUUAAGUUUUGGCUGACCUACAAAAAUACGUCAUCACCAUCAAGUAAUUUGAGGUUCUUUCUUUAUAACUCCGGUCAUAAUUACUACAGCAACUUGUGGAGGGCACCACAUAAUAAACCUUGAUUAUCUUCUUCAGUGAGAGAUAAUAACGGCCUACUGAGCCAAUUAGGAGGUAGGGUAUGGCUCAAUCACCUCAUUUAUUUGCUCCUGAUAGCAGUUAUUUAAUGGGCGAAUACAAUUCUAAGCAGGUGCAGAAAAAAGCUUGGGUUCAUCUCUGUAACUUCACAUAAAAUGAGUUAAAGGGCCAAAGAUGAGGAUGGUCUAGUUGUCAGUGUUCUGCCUCUGUGCUGACACUGUUCUGCACACCAAUGCAGUGAUUUACUUCUGUGUCUCAGCCUUCAGUCUGCACAUUCAGUCACUUUCAGUUCAGCUUCAAACCAAACAAACUUCCUCUCUGAAUCCGGGACCUUUAAUCUUCCAGAAACUUCACUUUACUUGACACGCUGUCUUUAUCAGCGCAGCAUGAAUGCAUCACUCUUCUAUUUUAUGAUCUCUGUUCUGUACACGGUGGUCCUGCUUUCAGUCCUGCAGCAGGAUGGAUGCAGGUGUAAGCUUUUGUAUUAGUUUGUUCACAAAAUGCAGAGUUAUAUUAUCUGUUUUAUAACUUGUAACACUUCAGAGUUAUUUUGAGUUUUUAGCUGUUAAAGAAGUUGCACUGGAGGUGGAGGCGGGUGGUGCUGCAUGCCUUUGCACUCAUAUUUACGACUGUUUGUACAAAACCACGUCUGUGUGACGACCUGCAAACUGGAAAAAUGAAAAAUGCAGCCAUUACCGGAUACACACAAUUUAGACCUCUCAGAAUAUUGAAUAAUUCUGCAGAAAUGUCACAUACUUAUCUCAUAAUUACAAGAAAUGUGUUUCAUAAAAAAUCUGUUAAAGAUGUCACAAUUUUAAUAUAGAUUUCUAGUAAGAAUGAGAUGCAGAUGCCCAAAUAGUAAAAGCAUUAGUAUUAAUAGAAGAUGCAUCAAUUCAAUUGUAAUUCAAUGAAAAAGAGCUGCAUAUUUUGAGAGGAAGUCAGAUAUAAAUUGCAGAUAGGAACAAAACUGAAUUACAUUUGAAUUUCUGGGACGAAAAACUGAAUUUAAUUAGAAAUUCUGUGAAAAAAAAACCCUGAAUUUGAUUCGAUUUUCUGGGAUUCAAAAAUAGUCUUUCUGUGCGUUGAUCCGUCAGAUUGCAGGUUUGUCGUUCAGACUUUUAGCCAAAUAUUCCCUCAACCGUCUGUCAACCAAAACUCUUCAGGAACAACAAACACUCAAAGGAUGCUCUGGGCAUUUCAAAGAAUAUAUUCUGUAUAUAUUUACAUUCUACGAGGUUAUGAAGACCUUUCUUGGGUUUCUACACUGUGAGGAGCUUUCUGUUUUUACACUCAAUCUUUUUGGGGGUUUUCCACAUUUAAGAACGACACUUUGGAAAUCAAAAAAGGACAUGAAUUGAUAUAAUGUGAUUUUGAUGAAUUGAUAAUAGGUCUGCAGUGUGAAAACAGAGUGGCGCCCCCCGGUGGCGAUCAGAGAAACGAUGACAUCACUCUUUCCUCAUGUCACUUACAUUACUUUUACUCUUAAUUCAAACUUGACAGUAAUAUGCAGGGUAUUUUGUAUAAAGUGUAUCACUCUAUAUUUGAAGACAACUAUUGCUUAUAUUAUUAUGAUUACUAUGAUUACUCGACACUGAGC